AUGUUGAAGCUUCUAUUGGGGCUGCUUACUCUUCAGCUGUUAAGUGCUGUAUUUCCCAUUAUCGGGAGAGUUGCACUCGACAUGGGCUUCAGCAAAGUUGUUUUCACAGUGUAUAGAAACAUCAUUGCAGUGUUUUUGUUGGGACCCUUUGCUUAUUUCUUAGAGAAGGAAGCAAGACCACCUCUUUCUUCUUCUUUGUUGGUUAAGUUCUUCCUUGCAUUAUUAGGGGUCGCUGGUACUCAAGGGCUUUAUCUCAUUGAUCUAUACUAUGCGUCUCCAACCUUUGUAUCAGCAAUACAAAACUCAAUUCCAGCAAUUACUUUUGUCAUGGCUUCGGCUUUUGGGCUUGAGCAAGUUAAUAUCUUAAGAAGAGAUGAAUUGGCAAAAGUGGUAGGAACCAUUUUAAGUAUAGGAGGUGGCGUUUACUUCUGUAUAUGUGAGGCUUCUAAAAGAAGAGACACUACGACAGUCGGAAGAUUUGAGUGA